AUGCUUGGGAAAGCGUGUUGGAGUAUAGUUGCGCUCGCAAUCGGCAAGGCAUGCGGGUCAAUAAUAAACGAAGAUGUCGCCGUUCUCGGCGGCGGGGCUUCCGGAACAUACGCUGCCGUCCGCCUUCGUGAAGACUUUAAUACUAGCAUCGUAGUGAUCGAACAAAAAGCUCGUCUCGGAGGGCAUGUCGACACGUACACUAUCCCUGGGAUCAACACCUCCGUCGAGUAUGGAGUUCAAACAUACUUUCAAUACGGCGCUGCAACGGACUUCUUUGCACGCUUUGGAGUCGAAAUCGGUGUUUUUCCUCGGCGAAGCCUCACUCCCAUCAAUGUCGACAUUUCGAACGGUGCGUUGCUGUCCGCAUACACACCGCCAUCAAUGGGUGCUACGGGAGACGCACUGGCAACCUGGGUCAACCUUACCGAAAAAUAUGAGUCUAUCAUGGAGCCCGGAUACUGGAAUUUUCCGGCCGGGCAUGCAAUUCCUCCGGAGCUGUUGCUCCCCUUUGGCGAAUACGCAACCAAGUAUAACCUUGCGGCUGCAGCGCCCCGGAUUAUGGCUGUGUCGAAUGUUGGUAUUGGAGGAUUGAAGAAAGUCCUUACCCUUUAUGUCAUGCAGGCGUUCGGCGCACCUAUCGCUAAAGCUACCAGUCUGUUUUCUCCAAAAGGAAACUCGAACAGCUUGUUAUAUCAGCGCGCGUAUGAUUUGCUGAAAGACGACGUACUGUUAGAGAGUCGUGUAGCGGAGGCAUCAAGGGAAUUGUCGGGAAUCCGGCUUGUAGUAAAGAGGGAAGACGGGACGACGUGGCUCAUCAAGGCGAAACGCCUGUUAGUCACGGCUCCACCGAGCCUACCAAAUCUAGAGCCAUUCGAUCUUGAUAAGCAAGAGAAGGCGGUUUUCAGCACAUGGACCCCAACGUGGUCUUUCGCCGGUGUACUCAAGGUCCCAUGUAUUCCCGAGAACUACUCCGUAAGCUACAUAUCCUCAGCCUCUCUGCCAUCAGAUCACCUUGCCUUGAGGGAUUACCCAUUUACGCUCCGAUUCGACUCCACUGGACCAUCUGGCCUCGGACUCUUUCGCGUUCUGUUCGCGACGAACUACACCAUCACUCAUGCGGAGGCGAAGGUCACCAUUUCGGAGAGUGCACAAAAGUUAGUAACCGCCGGUACAUUUAACACGACUUCUGAUUGCAAGGUCGACUUUGUUGCAUUCACAGAUCAUAAUUCCAUCCUAUGGCGGCAAUCUGUGGAGCAAAUAAAGGCAGGUUUCGUCCAAAAGUUGUAUGCGCUUCAAGGGCAUCGAGCAACGUGGUAUACAGGGGGCUUGUUCGGGUCGGAUUAUACGUCUACUGUUUGGGCGCUUACUAGUACAGUGCUGCCAAAGCUACUCAAAGGCUUGUGA